AUGUCUCCAAAACAAGCCAAAAUCUCCAUCUUUCUUGCUCUUUUCUACCUUUAUCUAACAUCAUUAUCCUCUGCCCUUUCAAACUGCCCUGGAUUUAAUUCAAUCCCGGAUAUAUUACGUCGUUACGAAUUACCCACGGGAAUUUUCCCCGACAAUGUGAAAAGCUUCAGUUGCGUAAGCGACAGCGAUUACUCGUACGAGCUUACGAUUCAAUUAUACGGUGUUUGUCAAGUGACUCGUUCAAUGUUUGGCGUCAAAAAUAUAGUCGUGUGCGAGCCCGAGAUAUCGGCCACAAUAUCAUACCAGCAGCUAACAAACGUGAAAGGUGUGACGGUUACACUGUUUGUUAAUGGUGGUCAAGUUGGCGAGCUGAUGACAAUCAAAAAUGUUCGAGCAGUGGGACAGGCCAGCGUCAGGUUUCUUCAGUUUGAUUCGGACAAGGGUUCAAGUCCGUGGUUCCCUUACCUUGAUAUUGCUCAGGAACCUCCUAAAUGCGACAACACCUUGACCAUCCGGUCCAUCCCUCUUCUUCUUGGUUCAAACCUUAACCCUUUAAGAUGGAUCUACUCACUAAUCAUGGUGAAAGCAAACAAAAACCCUAGGAUAAUACUAGACAUGAAUGAAUAUGAUGAUAAUGACAAAUUCAAGAGAAGCAAUAAUUAA